GCAAGCCAGCCUUUUGUGCAGCCGCGAGUACGGCUGCUGUGCAACAAUGGGCUUGGUGAAGACCGUAGCCGUGCUCCUCAGCACCGCGUGUGCGGUCGCCGUCGCCGUCGGCGCCGCGGCGGCCUUCUACUUCAAGGACCAGAUCGAGACGGAGUACGACGCAUUGCUAAAACCGCUCGCCCAUCUUAAUAUCGACGCGUUCACGGGCGGGCCGGCGUCGUUCCCGCGGAAGCUGCAGGUCGUCGCGACGGAGCGCCUCACGGGCGCGAGCGAGUUCCCCAUCGAGGCCUCCCUCGAAAAAACUGUAAGUUUGGGGUGGACGCCGUCGCCGCACGUCGAGGGGUUGCGGGUGACGACGGCCGGCGACGGGAUCGACGAGCCGGACGCGAAAGCGUUGGUGGUGGGCACGAUCCGCAUGGGCUUCGGCCACCAGCGCAUCGCCUACGCGGCGUCGUCCUGGGCCGUCGCCGCCAAGAAGCACGUGUACUUCCACGACCUGCUCAGCAUCGAGUCCGCCGAAGCGAGAUUGGUGCACGACACGGACAAAUUGUACCGCAAGUCCUCGAAGCUGGCCACGGAGGUCGGCGGGCCCUUUGAAUUGAUCCACGGGUUCCUGACGUCGUCGGGCGACGCCACGUCCCUGCGCAGCACGGCGCUCGUCGGCGCGCGCCUCGCGCCGCUCAUGAAGGGCCUGCCGCGGGGCGCGCCCGUGAUCGCGACGCACACGCUCGUCGCGCUCGCGGCGGCGGCCGCCGGCAUGGACAACGUCGUCAAUUUAGUUAUUGACAACCACCCGCAGUGGUUCGUCGUCGCGCCGACCGCGUUGAAUUUGGUCCAGGGCCCGCGGAACUACUACGGGUUCCUGAAGAAGUUCGAAGAGGGCGACUACCUCCGGGAGGGCGGGUCGCUCAUCAAGCUCGCGGGCCACUGGAUCCCGAAGCACCUCGUCGACAACAUCCCGAGGGACUGCGACGCGCGCAUGAAGCGGGCCAAGGCCCGGGAGCCGCGACGGGUGCUCGUGCCCGUCGGCGGCGCCGGCGCGCAGAAGAAAUUCAUCACGGAGCUCACGGAGCGCGUGGCGCCCCUCUGCAAAAGCGGGACGGUCAAGCUCGUGCUCAACGCCGGCGACCACGCGGAUUUGAGGGCGAGCCUGCUCGAGACGCUCGCGGCCCUAGGUUUUGCGGCGGGCGGGGAUUUGAAGGUGAUCGGGGACCACGCGGGCGUCGUCGCCCUGCAGCGGAGUCAAGACUUCGCGCCCGUGACGCUCCUGGCCUUCUCGGACUACUUCGCGGCCGUCGCCGCGACGGAUUUGCUGGUGCCCGUCGUCGACGUGCUGGCGUGCAAGCCCUCGGAGCUGGCCUUCUACCCCGUGCCCAAGCUGAUGAUCCGCCGCGUCGGCGACCACGAGGCCUUCAGCGCGUCGCGCGCGAACGAACUGGGCGACGGCACCGAGGAGGCGCGCACGGUGGCGGACGCGGGCCGCUACCUCGACCUCUUCGUGGCCGGCGCCGAGCCCCUCGUCACGAUGAACGCCAUGAUCAAGCGCCACGCGGCGUGGGGCGCGUACGGCGGCUGCGAGCGCGCGCUCGAGCUCGCGGCGGCGCCGGCGCGGGGGGCCUAAGAGGCGAGACAUCGGG